AUGGAGGUCACAAUCAAGUCCAUUCCUGCGGAGGUCCUCCUCCAAAUCUUCGGAUAUCUCCCCAGCAAGUGGGACGUGUACAGCGCCCGUCUUGUCUGCCGGGUCUUAGCUGAAGUCGGCCGAUCUGCUCUUGGUACAAAAGUGACUUUCGCUCUUGUGCCAGAGAGCAUUGCCCGACUGAAUGAGAUUUCCCUGCACCCUUUCUUCAGCCAGCACAUAACCGCCAUUACUUGCGUGGCGAAUGUAUUUCGCCCCUUUGGCAACAUCGAUGACUUCAAGGGUGCCAUGGGCCUCACAAUCAUAUAUCAAACUAAUGGGAAUGACAGAAUCUGGGCAUCAGAAGAGGAAUGGAAGCAGAGCUGGGGCCAUUACAAUGCGCUGCUUGCUGCUCAGGGCGCCGCUUUCAAGUCCUUGGAGCCGUCGCAAGGCAUGGAGAUUGUCUGCAGCCGCUUCGCUAAGCUUCAGAAUCUGAGGAUUUGUCACUACCCUCGUGGUACGCCGCCACCAUACCACCUACACAGCAACCGAUCAUACGAAUUUCUAAGCAAAACGCACGGUGAUCUCAGAGACUACUUUACGCUACCGGCCUACGAGGUUGGCAUCUUCCCACCCAAUAUUGCUGUCCCCGGUGUUCAUAUCCUGGGCCCAAUAUUGAGCAACACCAACGCGGACCAACUCAGAAGUCUGCGGGUUGAUGCGCUGGGCAUCGAGGCGUUUGAUGAAGAGAGGGAGGUGUGGUUUGAAGAUAAUGUCUAUCCUGAGAUGCUGAAAGUCGGCCCCAAUCUCAGCGUCUUGGAUCUGUGCAUCUACGUCAAGUACGACCGAGAGGGAUGGCAGGGGUUCCGAGCGGCCAAUCGAAUAAUGGCCAACAACCGAGCCAAGAGUUUCCUCUCCGCAGCCUCCCAACUCGAAGACGUGAAGCUCAAGUUCUUCAGCGUUUCCCACGACCGCGAGUAUCCCUUCUAUGCCGAAAUUAAGGAUUUCUGGCCGACAGGACAUACCUGGCCUCGGUUGCGAAAACUCCGCUUGACAAAUGUCGAGAUGGUGACAUACGUAUUCAUGGAUUUCCUCGGCGCCCAUAUAGAGACGCUCAAAGACCUGGGACUAAAGAAUUGCCUUAUGCUUGAUAGCCCUCAGUUUCGCCAAAAAGGUCGGCGAUGCAUUUGGUCAGACUUCUUCAUCCCCAUGGUCACCACUUUCCCUCUCACGAAUCUUUCUCUCCGGGGCCGGUUCAAGCUGAUCAAGCCCCCGGGUAGAGGUUUGGACGAGGACCCGCGUCUAUUUUCCAACCCUCCAACUAUAUAUGCUCACGACGUAGUUGAAGGUGUGAAGAUUCAAGAUCGGGGGCUCACUGUGGGCAAAACGAUUGAGAUGAUGGCGUGCUCGGGCGAGUUCGAUUCUUUCCUGGAGCACGAGGUCGCGGGUGACAGAGAACUAGUUGUGAAUAUCAAGGAGGAGAUCAUCCGGGAUUUGAUGGACUAUUAUGUCGUGGAUCGCGAGGGGCAACUCAGCGUCACUAUCGCCACCAGACAUGCCGAGUAUCUCAAGUCAUUUGCUUCGGGCGGAUCUUGA